AUGGCAUCGGCUUCACCACCAGCAGAUGCUGAUGAGGGAUCCAAGCCCAAAGAUCAGCCUCAUCAACCGCCCGCGCUCGCUAUUGUCAGGCAGAAUGCAGCCAACCUUCCCCGCAACUUGCCCGUAAAGAGGUACGAUGGCGAUCCGCUAGGGCGAGCGGAUGUACAGCAUGCACUCCUAUGCUACCUCUUCUCCGACACUCGACGCGUCUUUACUAAUCCCCGCCCGAGCGAUCGAGCUGAAGAACCGACGACGACGGCGAGCGGCUCGGCUGCCCCCAGUCCGGCCGCAGUGCCUGUCCCCGUCUAUCCAUUUGGCAUGUCAGCAGGUUGUAUCAGGAGAAGCGGCGAAACGCAGGAAGAGUUUCAACAAUGGCAGCAAGCCAGGGAGCGCUAUCUUCGCUGGAAGAAGCGGCUCGCUCGCAGGGAGAAGCUUGCAAAGAAAGCUGCCGAUGCAGCCGCUGCAGCCGCCGCCGCUGCUACUCGUGCCGAGUCGACCGAGGAAGCUGCCCUCGCUGAUGCAGACGCGAAUACUAACGAGGAGAAGGACGAGCUCGCUGACGGCGGCAACGAUGCUGAGGUCGAUGCAACGAAGGCCGACGAAGCAGAAGAGGAUGAGGACCUCGGCGAUGAUGACGAACCUUUCGACGAGAACGAGUAUCCCAAGGACGGCGCGGCCAAGCUCACGUUCAAGGAACUCUACAUCGAAUCGCUACUCAACAGCAGCAAGUGCACCAAGUCGAUGCGCGACAAGAUCCUCGCCGACGAAGAAUACGCCGAGGACUUUGCCAAAACCUGUCUCCUGGUCAACGUCGGCCGCAUCAACACAACCCUCGCCUUCUAUCCAGAGAUGAAGACCGUGCUUCGUUCGUACCACCCGAUUCCGUCCAUGCAGAACAACGAAAACACGCGUCGCAACAUGCAAGAUGCUCCCCGAAUGAAGUCGCUUCUCAAAGGCGUGCUCAUCGACACGGAACGGCCCGCUCCUCCGACCGCCGGGCCAUCGGCAGGCCAGCCAAUCCGACCGCCAAAACCCAACGCGCUCAGCGAAGAGGCGCCCUCCGACUUCAGAGAAGUCAUCAAGCGUUAUCGUGCCGGCACCGUGCCCCCCACCAGUGUCGUCACGCUCAUCUUUCUGCUGUCGCUCCACGCCAAUGACGUGACCGACAUGCACUUCCCCACGCCUCACGAUUCGCACUCGCUCUUCUAUCCGCACGCCGACCACCCGAUCCCAUCCAAGCAGAGGGCUAACGCCUUCAUGUGGAUCUUGUACCACUAUCUCGAAGGCCCGGCUACACGCCCUCCCGGUGAGAUGCCCAACCCUUUCGACGACGAAACGUCUCGCAAUGCGGCGAAAGAAGCUGCUGAUGCGUAUGCCAACAUUCUUACGGACGAGGAGCGGAAGAAGCGUGUGAAUAUGCCAUGGAAGGGCAUCGUCAAUCCAGAAUGGCAAAAGUGGAAGCAGGCGCAAGAAAAGUUGAAUGCCGAGGGUGACGAAAGUGCUACUCGCGUUGGUGCGAAGAAGGAGGGCAGCGAGGACGUCAAAAAGGAGUUGGACAAAGAUGGCGACGUUUCCAUGGACGAAACUGCCGAGGGAGAAGCCAAGCAGGAGGAUGGCGAGAACAGCGAGAAAGUCGCGGCCAAGGAACCGCCCUCGCAUCUGCACCGCUUGAUCGUGCCGACACUCGACACGAUCUCGCGCGAGGAAGCGGCGCUGGAGAAUCUCGAUACCGAAGAGGAAAUCAGCUGGGGAAAGCAGAUGCAGUCCGAGCGCGCUGCCUUCCUGGCCAAGUUCCAGGAGGAAGAGGCGAGCAAGAAUGCAGCGUCUGCUGGUUCACCUGCGCCAUCUGCCGGCACUGGCGGAAACAAAGGACGACGCGGCGGUGCUGGUACUUCCGCAUCUGCCAAUGCAACAUCAGCUGAUCGCGGGUCACCUUCGGAGGCCGACGGCGGGCGUCACAAGCGACGACACGCUGGUGCCGCUGCUGGCGACAUCUCGAAGCGAUCCCGCAUGGCCAGCCCGAUCGUGUUCGACGACUCUUCCUCGGACGCCGAUCCCGUCAACCCCGCCAACGCUGGCGGCCCAGCCGCGUCAGCCAACCCACUCACCUCAGACCCGUACCUCAACCCGAACGUGGCCAUCUCGGACCGCAUCCGCCCGCCUCUCUGGGAUCUCGACUUGAGCGUGCCGCGCCAGCACCAGAUCACCGAGUCGCUGCCCCAGAUCGCCUGGGCGCGCAUUCUGGAGCGCGCACAGCGCGGGGUGGGCGAUGCAUGCUACGAGAGCGACGAGGAUGACUUCGCAGAGGAAGAGGCUCAGGACCCGGAGCGCAGUCGGACGGAGAUUUGUCGCAUCUUGACGGGGUUGCGUGGCGUGGUGGGGCACGGCGUGUUUGAUCGCGAUAACCACGAGGUUAGGCUCAAGUAUGGAGGGUAUGAGCAGACGGAGGGGCAGGAGUAUGCGAAUGGGAGGAGCCGGCAUGAGGGAGAGUACAGACAUGACGAGGGGGAGAGAGAGCGGGAGAGGCGCAGGUCGGAGCUGUACUCGAGUAAUACGUCUGUUCCUGACAGUCGGAGGGUCGUGGCCUAUGAGCACGAGGGAGAGGCAAGAGGGAGGGGUGAGGACGUGGUGGAUGAUCUCGAGGAAGCGCUGUUGGGCGGCGACAGCGAGUCAAGAAAGCCAAGUAUCGGCAGGAACGGAUACACGCCUGUCCGUGCCUAA